AUGGGUGCACACAGAUCACAUCCUCGGCCGCCCUUCGCGGCGCUUUCGCAAGGUACAGGUUAUCUCCGUAAUCCUCUUCUGGAGCACGUACCUUCUCCAGGGUAACCCGCACGGCCCACCCGUGCUCUUCAUUCGUCGGAUCUCCCGCUUCUUCACCAAACGUUUGACAUCGUUUCAGACUGUCACCUUGACAUUAUUGUACCUCUAUCUCGCACGAAAUUUCGCUAAGAUCCUUAAUCUCGAGAGUCCGGAGCCGCUUGCCAAUUUGUACUCUCGGAGUUACUUUCGUGCGACAUGGGUUAUGACGGCCCUGGAUGCGGGAUUUUGGACUGCUAUGCGGAUCAAGACUGGUUGGUUGAGGGAUUUUUGCAGCGUGGUCUUCAGUUUGUAUUAUUUGGUGGCGGCCGAGAGGGCGGACGAGAAGGUAUGGUGGUUUCCCCCUCUCCCCCGGAAGUGUCGGUGCGGUCAGGGUUGACGGUCGGUGCAAACAGGUUCGGAGGGUCCGCGCAACCAUCACGGUCGAUCAUUUACGCGUUUCCUGGAACAAAUCCCAGACUCCGUAUCUGAGGGCGCUCACCGCAUUGGUGAGCCCGGCUUCGAAUCGCUUCGGUCCCCGGCAUAUUCGGAUUUCUCGACCGAAGGAAUCAGUUUACACGACUCCGGUCGAUGCUUGGCUAUAUUUUGAAGGGACCAGAGAAGAGCUGAAACAUUGCACCAAGAUGAUCCUCAGCUUUCCCGGGGGUGGCUUCGUUGCCAUGUCGCCUCGACAUUACGAUGACAUGCUUCUCGCUUGGGCGCGGAAAUGCCCGGGCAUCCCGAUUGUUGCCGUGGAUUAUAAACGUGCUCCAGAGUUCCCAUAUCCGUACGCGCUCAAUGAAUGCUACGAUGUUUACCACAGCAUUGCUUACACCAAGGGAAAGUGUGUGGGAUUGUCGGGGGAGACUCUUCCCAGGAUCGCUCUCAGUGGAGAUUCGGCCGGAGGAAAUUAUGCUGCCGGUGUGACGCUUAUGAUCUUGAAUUCCACAAGCACGAGCUCAACAGGGCAUCUGAUGGAGCAAGGAUGUAGGGGAUUACCGUUACCGGACGGCUUGGUCCUGGUGUAUCCAUCACUGGAUUUGAAUAUCGGUUCUUGGAUGAAUGACGAUCAAAUGAAAUUGAUACGCCAGAGGGACAUGCGGAAAACGAAUCGCAACGUUGUUAAGCGUAAGAGCGAGUACUUUGAGCAUGCCUCUGGCAUCGUCCGUCCGCACAGGAGCGACGAGGACGAUUAUGAGGAGAGCGAUAGCGAGCCAACGGUCAUGAACGGAUCCUUCAAGAGUAAUGGCAACACGGUGGGUAAAACUGUGACCGCGACCACCAACGGCAAGCCCCAGCCACUGUCUACCAGACUCGCCGUGACUUCUCGUCUCUCGUACUUUAAUGACCGUCUGCUCACGCCAGAGAUGAUGCGUGCAAUGGUGAUCCUGUACAUUGGACCGCACAACCGACCAGAUUUCGCCACAGACUUCUUCCUCUCACCCAUCGUCGCCCCGGAAGAUCUCUUAGCAAGGUUCCCGAAGACUUACUUUCUAACUGGCGAACGAGACCCCCUCGUCGACGAUACCGUAAUCUUCGCCGGCCGCAUCAGGCAAGCAAAGAAGGCCGUUUGGAGGCACCGCCGGGACCUAGGACUCGAGCCAGGCAGGUCGCGUCCGGACGAAGGCGUAGAAGUUAGCCUAAUUCCAAGCAUCAGUCACGGCUUCCUGCAAAUGUCAGCCCUGUACCCCGGGGCUCGGAGGGAGAUUAACAAGUGUGCACGAUGGCUCAGCGAGAUACUCGCCGACCGGCCGUGCGACGGCUCCGGCGACGACGAGCCACCUUCCGUCGGCGCCGGCUCCUCCGGUGCUGGUGGAUGGAGGAAUCACACGAGAAGUUUCACGGGUGAGAGCAUGACUAGCAAUGACGAGGACAGACCGUUGGAGAUGUCUAUUGUUAGUGGAAAUGCCAGGGGAAGCGGGGGCCGGGGAGCGCCUUCGGGACGGAGGGGCCGGAGGCUCGGGAGUAACGCAAGUCUCGGCAGCGAGGUGGAUCUGGUUGGUAGGAGGAUGCAGGGACUUGUGGGCGGAUUGACCGCUGGAUUGGAGGAUGAGGAUGACUAG